GGUGGUAGUGGUUAUAGAUAAAUGUCGGUUGUCCUGUCCUGGGGAGAACGUUCAGUCAGUUUGAAUCAACGUGGGACCGGGAAAGGACAAAUAGCAGAAAGACAAAAAGAAAAGCUAAUCGCGAAGAUGUCGUUCACCGUGAACACGAAUCCACCCGGGCCUGAAGCCAAGGCUGUAGCUGAGAAAGAAUUGAGAGAAACGGAGGAAAACGUAAAGAAGGGUAUUGAGACUCUGAGGAAAUAUCUUGAAGAGGACAAAACGCUUUUUUACUCUACCGACGAUGAUUUUCUCAUGAUUUUCCUCCGGCCUUGCAAAUUUUAUCCGGAGAGCGCGUACGAACUUAUGAAACGUGCCGCGGAUUUCAAGGAGAAGCAUGCGGUUCUGCUACACAAUUUGAUCCCGAGUGAUGAGAAGGAGGCUUUCACCGAGCACAACAUCGUUAAUGUAUUGAAAGACAGGGAUCACAAAAAUCGCAGGAUAUUGUUAGUACAAUCCGGCAAAGUCUGGAAUCCACAGAAAGUCACCUGCGAUCAGAUAUUCCGAAUGUUUUACUUAAUUCAUGAAUUGGCUGUAGAGGAACCGGAAACGCAGGUAUGAAAUAAAAUUAUUACUUA